AGCCCUGUUCGUUUGCUCCCAUUCACGCCGAUUCGCUCUCUGCCGAGCCUAGCCUGGGCAUCCGAAACUACUGGACCAACUGCCGCCUGGACCGCACGAGCGACCCGGUGCCCCCACGCGACCCGCCGCCGGCCCCCGCGCCCUGGGGCUCCUGCCCGCGCCGCCACCGCCGGGGACCACGAGAUAAUCAGAUACUCACUGUCUUCAGCAUUGGUGUCUUCUAUUCUCAACGGCAUUUCUGGCAGCCACCCCAGGAGUCUCCUUGACCAAUCUUAAAACCAUUGAAAAUUAAAGAGAGAAUCCACCACGUAUAUUCCUUUGAAAGUUUCCACGAUAUAUGUUCAAAAAUUUCUGAAUGAGCACAAGGAUUUGAAGGUGCUAAAGCAAGGGACAAACCAAAAGGACAGCCAGCAGGUGAGGAGAGGCCAUGGAAUACCCGCCAACAAGAUAAUCAUCGCUGGAAUAAUAGGGACCUGUCUGAAUGUAGGCUGCAGCAGUCCUGAAGGUUGAUGGAGGGCCAUGCUAUUCAAACAGCAGGCGUGGCUGAGACAGAAGCUCCUGGUGCUGGGAAGCCUUGCCGUUGGGAGUCUCCUGUAUCUAGUCGCCAGAGUUGGGAGCUUGGAUAGGCUACAACCCAUUUGCCCCAUUGAAGGUCGACUGGGUGGUGCCCGCAGUCAGGCUGAAUUCCCACUCCGCGCCCUGCAGUUUAAGCGUGGCCUGCUACACGAGUUCCGGAAGGGCAACGCUUCCAAGGAGCAGGUUCGCCUCCAUGACCUGGUCCAGCAGCUCCCCAAGGCCAUUAUCAUUGGAGUGAGGAAAGGAGGCACAAGGGCCCUGCUUGAAAUGCUGAACCUACAUCCGGCAGUGGUCAAAGCCUCUCAAGAAAUCCAUUUUUUUGAUAAUGAUGAGAAUUAUGGUAAGGGCAUCGAGUGGUAUAGGAAAAAGAUGCCUUUUUCCUACCCUCAGCAAAUCACAAUUGAAAAGAGCCCAGCAUAUUUUAUCACGGAGGAGGUUCCAGAAAGGAUUUACAAAAUGAACUCAUCCAUCAAGUUGUUGAUCAUUGUCAGGGAGCCAACCACGAGAGCUAUUUCUGAUUAUACUCAGGUGCUAGAGGGGAAGGAGAGGAAGAACAAAACGUAUUACAAGUUUGAGAAGCUGGCCAUAGACCCUAAUACAUGUGAAGUGAACACAAAAUACAAAGCAGUAAGAACCAGCAUCUACACCAAACAUCUGGAAAGGUGGUUGAAAUACUUUCCAAUUGAGCAAUUUCAUGUCGUCGAUGGAGAUCGCCUCAUCACAGAACCUCUGCCAGAACUUCAGCUCGUGGAGAAGUUCCUAAAUCUGCCUCCAAGGAUAAGUCAAUACAAUUUAUACUUCAAUGCUACCAGAGGGUUUUACUGCUUACGGUUUAAUAUUAUCUUUAAUAAGUGCCUGGCGGGCAGCAAGGGGCGCAUUCAUCCAGAGGUGGACCCCUCUGUCAUUACCAAAUUGCGCAAAUUCUUUCAUCCUUUUAAUCAAAAAUUUUACCAGAUCACUGGGAGGACAUUGAACUGGCCCUAAAAUAAUAUGUCAUACAACACUAUGUGUUGUGCCUGGAGACACACAAUGUCUCCUGUAGAUUAAAAUAUGCACUUUUCCUAGGCAGAGCUAUCCAAGUCAUUUUUCCAUGUAUACUUGUACAUACGCAGUGUGUGACCAAAUAUAAAAUCAGUUCUUUUUCUACUGAAAAUUUACAAAAAAAAAAAAAUGCUGUCUGCAUAGUCACAUCUUUUAAGCUAUUUACAAAAAAGAAGAGGUGGUGGUAUGGGGGGAAAGUGACUUCAGCUGUUCUCAAAGAAUUAGUCUUCCUUUGAUUCAGAAUCUGUCACCCACCAUUUUCAUAGAUUUAAGCCAAAAGAUAAAUGUGUGAAAAUGUACCAAUGGCUGUGAAGCUUCAGGAAGUAGAGAUCCAGUGAUGCUUUUUUUUUUUUUUUCCUAAGGGAAAGCUGGCUCUUUAAUUCAGAUGCUGAAUUGGUGCCAUGAAAACAGAAAAUGCUAUUUUCUUAUUAUUUAAAAGAAUGUCUUAUCUCAUAAAAUUGACAUUGUCCAAAGUUCCUAUGGUGAUUGUGCACUAUUGUUUUCUCGUAUGGACCAUGGUGUCACUUAUAGCAUGUCAAUCACACGUUGGAAAGUCAAGUCCUUUUACUUCCACGUUGUACGUCAACAGAGAGAAAUGUCAUGUACAUAAUGUAUAUUGUUGUAAAUACUGGUUUCACACUAAGUAAUUCUAUUUUGUAAACUGAAUAUGGCUAUUUAAUUUAUUGUGAAAAUUAAAUUUAUUGUGGUAUUUAAAAAUGGAAUGGAUUAAAAUUACUCUAUGUGCAAUUUUUUUUUAACUCAUUUUGUUUUACAUGCCCCCUGCUGGCUUCCAAAAUGGAAGCUGUUUACGUGCAUAUGAGAGCACUUGGAAAGAUGUGCUUCCCUGCUGGAUUUCUGUACCCUUGUGAAAAUGUAUUUAUGAAGUGAGGUUGAGUAUAUUAAAAAAGAAAAACCUCAACCAUCUGGAAAUCAAGUAUAAUAGCCACCUCAAAGAAUCCUAGUGCUGCUCUGCUACAACUUUGUAACAAUUAAUUUACUUGCAGUUGCUGCUGCUCAGGGCAAGAGACAAGGGAUAUUUUAACAGAAUCCAGGCAUAGAAGAAUCACCAUUUUAUUUGAACCUCUAAUCAGAGUCAGACCGGUAGAGAAAUUAAAUAAAAUAAGAUUAGAAAACUCUGUACUGAAAGCUGCUGAUGCUUCCAAAAUGAAUACAAGAUCUCAGAACUCUCCCUGUUAGAUGAAAAUAUAUCAAUUUGCUCAGAAAGGAUUCAGUUGCCUAGUGUUGCCAUUACUAACAUAAACAUAUGGCUCAUAUUUCCAUCCAGAGAAAUUAAUGCUAAAUUGGUGCCUCACUAACAUCAGAUACACUGUAUUAUGCUUACAUAUAUUCAGUAAAAUGUGGAAAGGGGUAUUAACAACAACAACAAAAAGAUGAAUUUUUUUUUUUUUCUCACAGUCACAGUUGCUAAUCCAGUGGGAGAUAUUUUAGAGUUUUGUUCAACAUCACAGUGAGAGUGCCUAGGGAAACCAGCAAAUUACAAUGGAUUCCCCUUUGAUUGUAAUAAGUGUUGAUUUUCCCCAUGAGUUGUUUAUCCUGUCCAGUGAUUUGAUGGUGAACUUUUCUAAAUAAAUAGCCCUUUCCCCUCCGGUGUCGGUA